AUGGCGUGGCUGCAGCAAGUGAGCGCGCGGCUCACUGGCCGUUCUGGUCCAGAAGAGGAGACCUCCAAGAGGCCCUCCACGUCUGGAGUUCCGGCACUGGAACGCCUUGGCCUUGGUUUUCUGAGACCGGCAUCGGCGGCAGAAGAUGAGGACCCACACCUGCCUCCCACUGACACCGUUCGAUCUGGAGCUGCGGUGGAUGGGGAGGCAGAGGCAUCGCCUCCACUUCCGGCGCCCCCAGCGCCACCAGCGGCAGCCGUCGCCUUUGGAAGCGGCCUGGAGAGCGUCAGCAGCCUAUUGGGCUUUAGAAGGGCAGAGGACGGGACCCCGGGCCCCUGA